AUGUAAAUCUAUGUGUAGAUGCCAAAUGGAAAAACUAUACUCAUAGAUGUUUAGUUAGAGAAGACCAGAGUGAAUGAUGUCAAAUAGAAGGUGAUGGAAAAAUCAGGGUUGAGAUUAGAGGACAUUGUUUUAGUUUUCAAAGAGGAGAUCUUGAAAAACGAUUAUUUUUUGAAAUAAUAUGGAAUUGACAAAGAAGCAAAACUUGAGGCAGAAACAGCAGAAACACUAACCAAAAAUUAUAAAUAGAAAUUAGGUAUUUCAUAAAAUAUUAUUCAAAAGAUGCGCUCGAAAAUGAAGUACAGAGAUGGCAAUAAAAAUUUGGAGAAGAAGGAGCAUAAAAGGAAUAAUUGUAAGAUGCAUUGAAAGAAGCUUUGACCUAAAAAGAUUAGUAAAAAUAUUAUUGAAAGCAUAGGUAUCAAUAGGAGAAGGAAGCAAUUUAAAGGGACUUCAAUUAGGUUAAAACAUAGCUUGAUUAAUAAUUAAAAAAAAAUGCUUAAAGCGCAGAUUCCUAAUAAUUCUAAACAUCCUAAUCAUCAUUUCUGGGAAAUGAUUUGAAAAAUUUGGAAUUAGAACUCGCCACUUAAAAAGCAAUUGUUAGCAGAUUUGAUAUGGAAAGAACAGAAUUGAAUUCAUAGAUUGCAUAUUUCAAAUAAGAGAAGUUAGAUUUACAAAAGAAAGUUGAAGAUUAUUAAAAAUUGAAGGAGGACUUGAUAGUUAAGACAUUUGAAAUAAAAGGAUUAUAAAAGGAUUUGGAAUUUGCUAAUAGUCGAGGAAGUCAAACAAAGGAUGAAAUAAAUAGAGAACUAGAUUUCUCAAAAUAAUAAAUAAAGUAUGAACAAUAAUUAAACUAUUAGGAAAUUGGAAUAACAAUUAGAGGAAGUUAAGACAAAAAAUCAAGAAUUAGAAGUAGAAAAGGUUAAAUAAGAAAUGAAAAUUCAUCUUGAUUCUUAACAGAUAGAAAAAAUGAAUGAAUUAUAAUCAUAAAAUACUCAAUUAGAGAAAAGAAUAGCUGAAUACAAAGCUCAAGUGAUAAGUUUAAAUGAUCAAGUGAGAUUAUUGUAGAAUAGAAGUUAAGAAGAGAUGAGAAGUUCAAUAAAGGGAACUGAUUUUGCAUCUGCUGAAAAGAUUUAAGUAAUAGAAUUGUUAUAACAAUAGGGUUAUGAGUUAUAAAUUACAAAAUUAAAUGCAGAACUUAGGUCAAGCCAACAAUCAUUUAAUGAGAGUUAAUAAUGUCUAUCUGCAGCAAAGAAGCAAUGUUUUGAUAGUGAGAAGAAGAUUAUGGAAUUGGAGAAGAGUGUGGAAAGUCUUACAUAUUUAUUAAAGGAGAAGGAUAGAGGAAUAAAGGAAAGAGACCAAACAAUAAAAUAGUUAAAUGGUGAAUUGGAAGAAACAAAGAAGGAUAUGUUGAUAUAUUAAAAGAAUUUAAGUGAUUUCAAAUAGAUCGCCUAAUAAGCAGAUCCAAAAAAAGUGUUAGAGAUUGAUAGCGAGGCAUUAAAAGUAGAAGAAAAAUUAAAGUUAAGAGAAGAGUAAAGAAAUAAGGAUCAAAGACGAUUAGAAUAAUAAAGAUAGGAGGAAUUGCAAGGCAGAUAAGAAAAAUUAAGAUAGGAAUAAUAAUAAUACUUUGAUUUGAUGUAGAAAGGUAAAGAACAAAGACAAAAGACAGCUUAAUGUAUUUUGUGUAAAUAUUUUAGUUUUGAAGAAAUAGAUGUUGGAAAGUCAUGGUAAGAUUGAAGUUUGCUUUUUGAUAGAUGUGACAGGAUCAAUGGACCCAUAUAAAGAGUAGGCGAUGAAAUGUAUUAAGGAGAGUAUGAAAAAUAUCAAAAUAAAGACAAACAGGGAUGCUUUAUGGGCAACUGUGGCAUAUUAAGAUUUUGGAGAAUUGAAAUAAUUGGGAGGAUUAUACAAAUAACUAAAUUUCACUCCGAACCCUAAAGAAAUAGAAGAAUAUUUGGCAGAGAUUCCCUGUGCUGGAGGUGGAGAUGCAGCAGAAGAUAUUAGAGGAGGCAUAAUGCAAAUGAUAAAGAAUUUGCAUUGGAGUAAAACAUUCAAAAUUGCUCUUUUGAUUUGUGAUGCUCCCACUCAUGGUAAGAGAUAUAAUGGUGGAGUGAGCGAUAGAUACCCAAAUGAAGAUAUUGAAGAUGCUAUUAAUUUACUCAUAGAUAAUAAUAUUUUAUUUGUUGCUAUCCUAUUUAAUAAAGUUACAUUACCAAUGUUUGAAGAAAUCAAGAAGAUGUAUCAACGUGCAGAUAGAGAGGAAUUAUUAUUAUUUGCAGAUUUAGAAAACACUGAAUAAGGCAGAAUUUGGUAGGAGCUUGUUGAUUUGGUCUCUUAAGCAUCAUAAAGAGCAACUCAAACAAACAAUAAAGGAACUAGAUCAAAAAAUAACUAGGCGAAUAAACGAUCUUAAUCUGGCGCUAUGGAAGCACUUUGCAAAUAGAUUAAAGAUCCAUUUUAAUUUGAUAAAUUACCUGGAGUUACCAUAAUCCCAGUUAAGUUUGGUGUUUAUCGAGUUGAAUUGAAGUAGGAUUCCUUUGAAGCCAACAUAGAAAACCUCAAGAGACUUGAUAUCAAUAGGGAUUAUAGCGUUUAUUAGGAAGGAUAAUGGGAUUGCAUUAGAACUGAGAAAUUCUUUGCCUAAGGUUAAAUGAAACAGGUGUUUUUGAUGAAAAGAUAGAACAAUUAAAAUGAAUUAUAUGUGAUAAAAAUGCCAAUUGGAGAUUUAACAUACUCCAGUCAAGAAUAAGCUGUUGUAGAAUGCAGAUCUCAUCUCAUUUCUAAAUGCUUAAUGAAGAAGUUUAUUCGGGAAUUAUAGGAGGCAAGAGAUAAAACUGAUAGAUCCAUUAAGAUUCCUGAAGUGUAAUAUUCAGACUUUUUGAUUUUGAAGGAUUUGGAAAGGUCAAGUAUGAAUAUUAUAAUUAUAUUUAGAUUCAUUUUGGAUUGCAGAAAGAUACUUCACUGGUGAAUUCGUUAAGUAUAAUAAUAACUAUGGUUUCAUUUCAGAUGAAAACUCAGAUAUCAAUAAUUUGGCUUAGGCAUAUACCUAUUAUACAUAUUUCAUUUCAAAUUUCAAUUAUAUGGUUAAUGACGUUCAAGGAGUUGGAAAUUAUUUUACAGAUCCUGCCUUAAAUACAAAAGAUAGUAAUAUCAAUUCAUAUUCUAGGUAAUUUUGAUGAAACUGAUAUGGGAAUUGAUGGGCAAUCUAUGUAUAUGGUCAGUUAUGAAGGAAAAAAACACAUGGGAAGAAAGUAUUUAGAUUUGCUAGGUAUACCAUCGCCAUGAGUUAUU